GGCCAAACGGAAUGACACAUGGGCUGUUUCCUUUUCCAGUGGUAAAUGGUCAAGAACCAGAGAAGAGACAUCCGAACAAGAGCGGCUUUCUCCUGGUUUCUCCCCAGCCCUUCCAGCUGUUCUGCUUCACCCAACUUUGGACUGCGGCUAGGAAAGCAAGACUGUACAAAAAGGGAGGGGGGCACUUUUCUGAAUGCAUAAAGAAUGAAUUCCUAUAACAGUUCAACAUCUGCUCCGCCUGCAAAUAUUGGAAGUUCUCCAACAGGAACUAAUGUUGGAGUCAUUGGAGGUGUUAUUACAGCAGUGGUUAUUGUCUUAAUUUGCCUCUUGGUGGUGAUGCUGAGAUAUAUGUAUCGGCACAAGGGCACCUACCACACCAACGAAGCAAAGGGAACUGAGUUUGCUGAAAGCGCAGAUGCUGCUUUGAAAAAUGACCCUACCCUUCAAGAUGCCAUGGAUGAGAGCCGGAAAGAAUACUUCAUCUGAGAGCAAAGGCAGCCCCAUAGAGACAUUCUUAGUCAUUCUUUCCCUCCCAAGGGAAUCGAUCGGAUGUUACAUCAAAAAGCACUGGGGAUGUGGAGAUUGCACAGAAGAAAACAAGGGGACUAAUUGAAAUAUUGAUGUUUGUCCCCAAGAGGAACUAAACACCAGAUCUGUUGCGGUUUAUUUGAUUAGUAGCACAGCUCAGUUCAAUAUCAGAUCAGGAAAAACAAAAA